AUGCAAGCAGGCUUGACCGAGUCUCUCUUCUCAUUUCCGCGUGGUGAACGCGUCAUGGCGAUUCUGACUUUCUUGUUCCGUCGGCUUGUUUUGUCAACCAGGCAAAAUAUGUCGUUGGUGCGCACAACCGUUAGCUCAGCAUUGCUCAUCUCUGCCGCAGGUCGUACCGGUCAGGCGAACCAGCCGUCUCGGGGCUGUCUGCAAUCCGUCCUCUUCGCACGACGUCGCAUCUGUCCGCGGCUAGAACAGGGCUCUUAUAAAACUGCCGUCGAGCCAGGUCUAUUGCAGAAGACCACUGCGUUGGCGACGAGCCAAUGGCAGACCUGCUCCUCCGUUUUAUCGUCUCCGCGACUUGAGCGCACAAACCGAGCCGCCAUCCUCAUGUCUUGGCCCAACCAAGACAUCAUCAUUCAGUGCUACAGGCAAUACGACUUUUAG